AUGCUCAAGAAGGAUCUUUUCGCAAAUUCUUCCUCUUCCAACGACGAUGGCGACGAGGAAGAUGAAGAAUUGGCACAGCAGAUGGUUACCGCCGCCAUGCGUGAGCGGCGCCGUGACCCACACGCGUAUGCCCCUUUUUCUGGAAAGAAUAAAAUGUCGUCUGUUGGCACCGCACCCCAAAAAGCGAGGAGCGAUUCGGAAUCCACGGACAGCAGCGGCAGCCGUGACGGUGACACGUGGAAAGAAGAGCGGCGGCCGAUGUUUCAGGCGGACGUGGAAUCCAUGAGUAAAAUUAAAAAGACGAAGAGGAAUGGCAUUAACAACACGACGGCUGACGGUGACGAUGGUGGUAUUCGUAUCAACCAGCAGUACGCGGCGAAGUACGAGGAGGUCAAGCGGCGGAAGGAGAUUCAGCAGCUCACCGAAAAGUACGGCAAACGACUCCGCCUUAACGGAGGCGAGGAGGAGGAGGAGGAUGAGGAUGAAGAAGACGAAGAGGACGAUGAAGCGGUACUGUUGACCGAAGAAAAGGAGUUGGCAUUUGCCAGGGCGUUUCUUGCCAUUCGUCAGUCGGCCGUUAAACAAGCGGGGAAGCAGAAACACGGCAACGACGAGAAGAAAGGGAUUGAUGCCUCAUCUACACAUGGCGACGGAAACAGAAAUGCGGAGGACGGUACGGAUGACCCGCUUGGGCCGCAGAAUGUUUUUUUCCCACCGACAGAGGAGCAGGUACGUGAAAACACGGAGAUCUUCACGCAGUCCAUCGCAAAGAAGCGGCAGCAGCGGAAGAAGUUUACCCUCGCCGAUGAAUACCGGCGGGGGGUUGUCACGGGGGUUGAGACCCACGCGAGUGGCCGUGAAGGUAACGACGAUGACGAGGGCCGUCAUCCGCCGCAGGGGAACCGACGCAUUCAGCCGCGGACCGCCAAGGAGCGUGCAUUGCGUGAGUCCUUUCUGAAGAGCGUCGCGGAAAGCACGGAGACAUUUGAUGUGCAGCUUGUUGACGCCGCCAUGCAGACGGGGGAGAGGGAGGCGGAGCACACAAGUUCUUCAGAGGCGAGGCGGUUGCUGCAGGGGGCCUUUUCGAUCCGUGAAGCAGACACAUCGAAUCCUGCGAACGAAGAUCCCGAUGAAGCAUUUCUUCGUGAGUUUUUUGUGGAAGAGCUUUGGAAACCAGAGAACAACAAGAAACGAAAGCAAAAGGUGUUGAAUCGCGGGGAUUAUGAGAAUGGCUCUCAUGCGGAAGCUGAAGAAGAAGAAGAGGAGGAAGAGGAAGAAAAGGGGAACAACUACGCUGCGUUGGCUGAGUUAGCACAGGCAGAGGAGGAUGAGCGUUUCUACGCGGAAGCAGAGCUGUGGGAGCGCGCCUAUCAGGACCGCGCCUACCGUCAUCAAGAGGAGGAGGCCGAUCAUGUACAGACCUUCCCGCGCGCUAUUGGCGAGCAUGCCGCCGGUAUAAUGCGCAAAAGUGUUAAGUCCUCGCGAAAAGAUGCCCGUAUGCGCAGGCUAGAGAGGAUCAAGGAGUUGCGGGAGCAACAGGUAGCGGAGCUGCGUCGGCUUAAGACAUUGAAACGACAGGAAAUUGAGUCUCAGCGGGCACUCAUUGCCUCCGUUGCGGGCAUUAGGGGGAACCAGGGUAGCGAUAUUUGUAAUAAGAAGGAAAAGAAGAAGUUGCGUGGAAAUGAAGAUCAGGACGAGGAAGCAGCGAUGGCUCGUCUGCGGGAAUUGUGGAGCGAGAAGGAUCUGGAGGAAGAGUUUGAUCCACAGAAGUUUGACAAGAAGAUGGCGCAGAUUUUUGAUGAUGCUUACUAUGAUGAGAAUAAUGUAGACGAGGAGGAAAUGGCCCUUUUUGAAGAAGGAGAAGAAGAGGUGGGAACAAUGAAAGAUGGCGAUGAUGAUGAUGAUGGCAGGGGCAAAGAUGAUGCAGUUGGAGAGAGGGGUAGCGAGGAAGAGGAGGAGGAAGUAGAACCGGAGUGGUACAAGGCCCAAUCGCUGGAAGAGGCCGUGGCAAUGACAAGGAAAAAGACACCGAACAGGAAGCCGAACAAGCAUGAUGGCAUCCAUGUUGUCGACGAUGCGCUGGCAUUAUUGUACCCGUCGGUUUCCUUGCAAGCCGAAGAGACGGCUUCGUUUUCGGGGCGCCGCGAACACAUUGAGCAUAUGAUCCGUGAGAACAAGAAAAAGAAGGGUGAGAAGGGCCAUGAAACUGACGGCAAGAAGGAGGAGACAUUGCGGCAGUUGCAGGAGGACCUAGAAAGGAAGGAGAAAGAGUACUGGCAACUGCACCACGACUCCACGCUGGACCAAGGCGCGAUCAAGACACGAUUUAAGUAUCGUCAGGUGGCUCCCGAAGACUUUACGCUCACGGUGGAGGAAAUUCUCUCUCGGGAUGACCGUCAGCUCAACAUGCUGGUCCCAAUGAGUUGCUAUGCGGCGUACCUUCAAGAAGAUGCGAACCGGCGGGAUCGUUUGAAGAUUGAGCGAAGACGGCAACGCGGAUUUCGCGAGGUUGACCCCACGCGCAGCUCUCGCCGCUACGGCGAUGUCUCCAAGACGGCAUUGGUGGAUGUCAACAUGACGGAGGAAGAGGGAGAAAAGUGGUCCAAAGAAGUCCGCGGUGGUCUGCGCCGGUUACGUGAAACAGUUACGCUGGGAGAAGAUGCGGACAUGACGGGGGUUGAUGGGAACGGCCGUGGGAAGGGUGCGACAACGUCUCAAAAAUCAUCACCACCACCACAACAGCAGCAGCAGCAGCAGCAGCAGGGGAGGACUCACCAUUCCAAGAAGGCGCGGUACGAAAGAGAAGAAGGUGGUGGGCAGACACGUCAAUACCUCCACUACCAGCAGCAGCAGCAGCAGCAGCAGCAGCACACCCAAGAAAGAGAGGGUAUGAGACGCGGUGGUGGACGUGGGCGUGCCACGAAGGGAGGUGGUGCGUCGCACAUUGCACGUGGUAACGGCGGUUCUGCUCGCAUGAGAGAAAGAAACUGA